AUGUUACUUAACAGAGGAGUAAACUAUAACCAAUGUGACAACAAUAAAAGAUCACUUCUAAUAAAGGCCUGUUCCAAAGGUCGUACUGAAUUUGUCAAGAUAUUGUUAGACAACAAAGUAGACUAUAAUAAAUGUGACAGACAGGGACAAUCAUCAUUAAUGUUUGCUUGUAGAUAUGGGCAUAAACAAAUAGUAAGGAUGUUGCUAGAAAGAAGAGUCGACUAUAACAAAUGUAACAAAUGGCGUUGGUCAGCUGUACUGUAUUCCUGUAAACAUGGCCACAGAGACGUUUUAUGGAUGUUGAUACUUCGAGGUGCAAACAUAAAUGUAUGUGAUAAUAAUGGAUGUUCACCAGUAAUGAUUGCUUGUAAACGUGGCUAUACAGAAAUGGUAAAGCUGCUGUUAGAUUACAAGGCAGACUAUUUAAAAUGCAACAAUAAGGGACAGUCACUUAUAAUGCUUGCUUGUAAAUAUGGUCGUACAGAAAUAGUUAGGAUCUUAUUAGAUAAAGGGGUAGACUAUAAUAACUGCGACAAAAUGGGAAUUUCACCUCUAAUGUACGCUUGCGAACAUUGUCAUAUAGAUGAAGUAAGGAUGCUGUUAGAUAUCGGAGCAGACUUCAAUAAAUAUAGUGAUGGUUUAUCACUUCUUUUGAAGGCUGGUAAACAUGGUCAUUUUGGUUUAGUUAAGAUGUUGUUAGAAAAAGGAGCAAGAUUGAAUGAAAGUUACCCAGAUGGAUCUUCACUUUUAAUGAAUGCUUGUGAAAAUAAUCAUACAGAAACAGUAAAUUUUUUGGUAAACAAAGAAGCAGACUUUAAUGAAUGUGACUUUGAUGGACGGUCUCUGCUAUUGAAUGCUUGUAAAAAUAAUAACUUUGAGACAGCAUGUUUGUUAAUAGAAAAAGGAGCGGAGUUAAAUAAAUGUGACAGAUUGGGUCAGUCACCUGUCAUUAAAGCUUGUGAACAUGGUCAUAUAAAAGUUGUUAGUUUGCUGUUAGACAAAGGAGCAGAUCAUGAUAAAGUUGAUAGAAUGGGCCAGUCACCGAUAAUAAAGGCUUGUGAAAAUGGACACAUAGAAAUUGUUAAAGUACUUUUAGACAAAGGCGCAGAAUUUAAUAAACUGAACAGAUCGGGACAAUCACCUAUUAUGAAGGCUUGUGAGCAUGGUCAUGACCAAGUCGUAAGUUUGUUGUUAGACAAAGGAGCAGAUUAUGAUGGGCUUGACAGAUCUGGUCAAUCACCUGUAAUGGAGGCUUGUAGACAAGGUCAUGAAAAUAUUGUAAAACAAUUGAUAGCAAAAGGAGCAGACUAUGAUAGAUUGGACAAAAUGGGUCAGUCUUCUUUGAUUGUAGCUUGUGAAUAUGGUCAUACAAAUAUAGUAAGAAUAUUAUUAGAGAAAGGAGCAGACUUAAAUAAAUGUGACAGAUCAGGUAUAACACCUGUUAUGAAGGCAUGUGAAAAUGGUUAUCCAGAUAUACUAUGGAUGUUGUUAGAUAGAGAAGCAAACUGCAAUGAAUUUGAUGAUAAUGGGAGCACACCUUUAACGACAGCUUGUAAACUGGGUCAUACAAAAAUAGUAAAUUUGCUGUUAGACAAAGGAGCCGACUUAAAUAAAUGUGAUUUUGAUGAAAUGUCACCAGUAAUGGUAGCUAGUGAACUUGGUUUUACAGAAAUAGUAAGCAUAUUGAUAGAUAAAGGAGCAGAAUAUGUUGAACCUAACAUUUUUGGUCAGUCAGCUGUCAUGUGUGCUUGUUGGAGUGGUCAAAUAGAAACCAUGAAGCUGUUAUUAGAUAGAGGCGCAGACUGUAAUUAUAGUGACAAUGAAAACGCCUCACUUUUACUAAGGGCGUGUGAAAAUAGGCAUACCGACAUUUUAAAGUUGUUGUUAGAAAGAGGUGCAGACUAUAAUAAAUGGGAUGAAAAUGAUCAGUCGCCGAUUAUGAAUGCUUGUGAACAUGGUUAUACAGAAAUAGUAAAUAUACUAUUACACAGCGGAGCAGACUUUAAUAAAGUGGACUGUAACGAACAGUCACCUUUAAGUAAGGCGUGUGAACAUGGUAAUACAGAAAUAGUGAAUUUGUUAUUAGAAAAAGGAGCAGAAUUUAAUAAAUCAGACUUGAAUGACCAGUCAGCUCUUAUGAAGGCAUGUGAACAUGGUCAUACAGAAAUAGUUAGUAUUUUGUUAAACAAAGGAUUAGACUGUAAUAAAAUGGACAUGAAUGAUCAUUCAUCAAUUAUGAUGGCAUGUAAACAUGGUCAUACAAAAAUAGUAAGAAUGUUGAUGGAAACAGGAGCAGAAUGGGAUAAAUGUGAUAACCUGGAUCAGUCACCUGUAUUUAUGGCUUGUGAAGAGGGUUAUACAGAAAUUGUAAAGAUGUUGUUAGAAACAGGAGUAGAUUUGAACCGAUGUGACUAUAAUGGUCAGUCACCUGUAAUGAAAGCUUGUGGACAUGGUCAUAUAAAAAUAGUUGGAAUGCUGAUUGAAAGUAUAGCAGACUUUAACAAAUGUGAUGUAUAUGGUCACACAGCUUUAAUGAUGGCUUGUACGCAUGGUCAUACAAAAGUAGUAAAAAUGUUGUUAGAUCGAGGCGCAAACUAUUAUAAAUGUGACAAUAAUGGCAAGUCACCCGUUCAAAUUGCUUCUCUGAAUUGUCAUUAUGAUAUAGUUACUAUGAUUAAUAAACAUGCUUUAAAGGAGAAUCAAAAUUAA